CGUUAAUCUGUGACCACAAAUAUCGUUUCGUUACUUGAAGACGUCAAAGCUAAAUUUGUCGAUUCUUAUUUAUUGGAUAUAACUCAAUAACCUUUUUAUUAUUUAAUAUUGUUAAUAGCUAUAAUUAGAUAACCGUCCUUAUAUAUUUAAUCAUGCCACGCGGUAAAUAUACCAAUCACAAGGGUCGCAAUCGUAAGUUUACCAGUCCAGAGGAGUUGGAAGAACAAAGAAAGCAGGAAGAACAGAAACAAAAAUGGAGGAAGGAGCAUGGUGAUGAAAGCUCUAGUGAAGAAGAGUCUGAAGGGAACAAAUCUGGAUCUGAUGACAGUGACGAUAGUGAUUCAGAUGAAGAUCACCCCACCAAAGCAAAGGGAGUUUCAGGCCUCAUUGAAGUAGAAAAUCCCAAUCGAGUAGUAAAGAAAAACAAAAAGCUGUCUAAUUUAAAUAGUCUUCCUGAGGGCGAGAAGCCCCAACUUUCAAGGCGUGAAAGAGAAGAAAUUGAGCGUCAACGAGCAGCGGCCGCUUACCAAAAGGCGCACGCUGAAGGCAAGACUGACCAGGCUCGAGCGGAUCUCGCCAGGCUCGCAAUCAUUCGACAGCAGCGGGAAGAGGCGGCCAAGAGACGUGAAGCUGAAAAGAAAGCUAAAGAAGAGACGACGACUAAGAAAAAGUAGAUAAAUAGUCAACAUUAGUCUAUAACAGGAAUGCCAUUUUUGUUACAUUUGGCGACUUUCGAAUUCAUUAUAAUCGUCUCAGAUCCAUUGUCUAUGUGAUAUUUGUUUCAAAUGAUAAAAUUGAUUAAAGCAAUAAUUUAGGCGAAAUAAAUUAAAUCUUCGAUUAUUUGAAAAAAAAUCCUCGUCCAUAAAAAUGACUGCCAUUUUCUAUCGACAUAACAAAUAUCACAAAAUUAGUUUACUACAUUUUAAUAUUACAGAUUAUAAAUAUAAAGGAUUCUCACACGAGAAGUCGACGUCUUACAAUUUGGUAGAUUUUCUACUGCACAAUUUGUAAAUUAUUAAUUAUGAAUAUAUAUUCCACAAUUACGCAUAUAAAAAUAAUGGUUUAAAGUAAGGUACGUUGAUUAUUUUGUGUUAUAUUUAAGACUCUAUAAUGAGUUUAAAAUGUGCAAUUUUUAGUGCAUAUAUUGUUUUAAAUAUAAUAGCUAAUUUACAAUGUUAAUAAAUGGCAAUAAAUAUUUUUUUUCAAUAAUAUUUCAUACCUGGCAACUUUAAGACCAAGUGCGAUUUUUCUUCUGAAAAUUGAAAAUUUGGGACGAGUUAAGUUUUUGUCUUAUUGAGUUGGGUUAACUUAUGUCACAUAAUUAUGCGAUGCUAUUGUUGGUAUUUCGAAAGUUAAAAAAUGAAAAAAAUCUUAAAGAAUGUUGUAGAAAAUUACACAUUUUUUACCUUAAUUGCUGUCUUUUUUUUAUAAAUAUGAAAUUAUUUUAAAAUAUUCGUUACAAAUAUCAUGAUGUGAGAAUAAUAAUAAAUAUGAAACGGAUAUAUCCGUUAUGAUUAAUAAUUAUUUUUUUAUUAAACGAACGCAUUGAAAAUAGCAUAGUUUACUAUUGUAUUUUAAUUUCAAUAUGAAUUCUGUAUGAUUUGCUAAGAUCUAAUUAAUUGUUAGAUAGUCACACUAGACAAUUUUAUAUGCGAAUGUGUAUCUGUAUAAUAAAUAAUGAAAGUAAAUUAUCU